AUGUCCGAACCGAUGGAUAUUGAUCCUCCCGCGAAACCUGCCAAUGCGAUGUCAGCACUCAUGGCUAAUGCUAAAGGUAAAGGUAAAGCGGAUGGAGAGAGCGGUACGAAGGUAUUGAGUGAUGAGGAGAUAAAAGCCUUGAAUGAUAAAGAGGGAUUACCCUGGGUUGAGAAAUAUAGACCUAAUACUUUGGAUGAAGUUGUUUCGCAUCAGGAUAUAACCAGUACGAUUGAGAAAUUCAUAGAAGCUGGUAGAUUACCUCAUUUACUCCUAUAUGGACCCCCUGGAACCGGUAAAACAUCCACUGUCCUCGCCUUGGCCAGAAGACUAUACGGUCCACCAUAUAAGAAACAUAUACUGGAGUUGAACGCUUCGGAUGAUAGAGGUAUAGAUGUAGUUAGAGAACAGAUCAAGAAUUUUGCUAUGACAAAGGUGUUGUUCUCCAAAGGAUUCAAGUUGGUUAUAUUGGAUGAAGCGGAUAUGAUGACUCAAGCUGCUCAAUCUGCUUUGAGAAGAGUAAUCGAAACGCACACCAAGAAUGUCCGUUUCUGUAUCCUUUGUAAUUACGUUAACAAAAUCACACCUGCCAUUCAAUCGCGAUGUACAAGAUUCAGAUUCUCCCCAUUACCUGAAAAAGAAAUUCGGAGGAAAGUGGAUGAGGUGGUAGAGAAGGAAGGGGUCAACUUGACUGAUGAUGGACGUGAUGCCCUGCUUAAGUUGUCGAGAGGCGAUAUGAGACGAGCGUUGAACGUGCUUCAGGCAUGCCACGCCGCAUAUGACAUCGUAGAUGAAACAGCUGUGUACAACUGUACGGGUAACCCACAUCCCAAAGAUAUCGAACGGGUCGUGCAGAGUAUGAUGUCUGAUGAAUUCGGCACGAGUUAUUCAUUGAUCACAUCGCUCAAGGUAGAAAAAGGUUUAGCAUUACAGGAUUUGAUAGCUGGAGCAUAUGAUUUCUUGGAUACGGUCGAAUUACCAAAACAAUCUCGUAUAUACCUAUUAGAUCAUUUAGGUAGUACAGAACAUCGAUUAUCAGUGGGCGGUUCUGAGAAAAUGCAAUUGACAGCUUUGUUAGGCGCUUUCAAAGUUGCUGUUGAACUGUCUCAAAAGAAAAUAUAA